GAGGGAGAGCGAGAGGGAACGAGAGGGAGAAACGGUGAAACGGUGUGCGUGAGUGCAAUACUCGCGCGCGUACACAAGCCUACAUACGUGUGCACAAUGGCAACCUUGACACUUGGUGAUCGUUUUUGGCGGCUCCGCCGCGCCGUGCAGAUCGCGCGUCCGGCGGCAUCGCGUCGCGAGUGAAAGCGACGACGGCGGGCACGCCUCGAGCAACAGCCGCGAGAAGGACAGGGAGAGAGAGAGAGAGAGAGAAAAGCAGAGGUGAAGGCGAGCGGCGAAGCCGAAAGACGCGGGAGUGCCGCAUACGUGGACGUCGCCGUCGUGACUCGUUCGUCUGAAAAUCCGCCACGAUAUCCACGUAGUCCCCGGCCGCCGGAGUUCCUCCCCUUUGUCCCGGUCGACAAGCUCUCGCGCCCCGCGACCUCGUUGUCCUCGUCCUCUCGGAGCGUGGUGGCCGCGCCGCGCCGCGCCGCGCCGAGAUCGUCACGCCGCGUCGCGCGUCGCGCUGCGUCGUCGUACCGUGGUCGCGCGUCACGUCGCGCGGCGUUCCGACGAUAAAAUCGACGAGGGCCGAAAAAAAAGGUCGAACUGAAGGUUAGACGUGAGAGAAAGAGAGAAAGAGUGUGACAAGUGUCAAUGGUCGUUGCAAAUGGGAGAAGAGAGAGAGAGAGGGAAAGAGAGCGAAUCGUGGUCACGUGUGCGGACAUUGACGUCGGAGCGGCAGCGAGGGAUGCGAUUUCCCGUGUUCGCGAGUGAUCGCCGCGGCAGCACGGCUGCCGCGACCACAUAGUCUCGCGUGCACGCACGCGGACCAGAAACAGUACGGUCGUCAGUGCAUCGUCAUCAUCAUCAUCAUCAUCGUCGUCAUCGUCGCCGCCGCCGCCGUUGCUACGUGCGUACGAGCCAACAACCGACUCUGCACCGAGAAUGCCGAUGUGAGGUGAAGAGAAGAAGCACGAGAAGCGCUGCGGAAAAACAAAUCGCGAUCCUUGCAUGUCGUAAAUUUUAUCUGUCAUCCCCGAGGAUACACGCAGAAACAAAGGCAAAAUGGCACAAAUGGAGCAGCAAUUACCGCUUCCAAUGCCAGAUUUAAGUACUCUUCGUAUAACCACAGCCGUCUCCAUGCUCGGCAAAGCAUAUGGAUGUGGCCAAUGUAAUGCCCCCCCACCUGGACCCUCAACUAGUGGCGGUUCUGUUGGGACAGCGGGAGUAGCAGCAAGUAGUGUUGCAGCUCCCAGCAAUAUGGGGCUUGUUCCCGCACAACAGGCACACACUCCUCCUCAACCUACAGAACUGCCAAUGUUUACGUGCCCUCGAAGACCAAACAUAGGACGAGAAGGUAGACCGAUCGGUUUGAGAGCCAAUCAUUUUCAAAUUAGUAUGCCACGUGGUUAUGUACAUCACUACGACAUUAGCAUACAACCUGAUAAAUGUCCUCGGAAAGUUAAUAGGGAAAUUGUAGAAACGAUGGUUCAUGCAUAUACUAAAAUAUUUCAAUCUCGUAAGCCUGUAUUUGAUGGCAGAAAUAACUUGUACACAAGGGACCCCUUGCCUAUCGGGCAUGAUAAAGUAGAAUUAGAGGUCACACUGCCUGGUGAGGGAAAAGACAGAGUUUUCCGAGUGGUCAUAAAAUGGUUAGCACAGGUCUCGCUAUUUGCUUUAGAAGAGGCUUUAGAAGGGCGAUCUAGACAAAUUCCAUAUGACGCUGUUCUCGCUUUAGACGUUGUGAUGAGGCAUUUACCAUCUAUGACAUACACUCCAGUAGGUAGAUCGUUCUUUAGUACGCCAGAGGGAUAUUACCAUCCAUUAGGGGGAGGCAGGGAAGUAUGGUUCGGAUUUCAUCAAUCCGUGAGACCAUCUCAAUGGAAAAUGAUGUUAAACAUUGAUGUCUCUGCUACUGCCUUUUACAAAGCGCAGCCGGUUAUAGAAUUUAUGUGCGAAGUGUUAGAUAUCCGAGAUAUCAAUGAACAAAGGAAGCCACUCACGGAUUCUCAAAGAGUGAAAUUUACCAAAGAAAUAAAGGGUCUCAAGAUUGAAAUAACUCACUGUGGAGCUAUGAAACGAAAGUAUAGAGUGUGCAAUGUUACACGCAAACCAGCUCAAAUGCAAUCAUUUCCAUUGCAACUAGAAAAUGGACAGACAGUUGAGUGUACAGUUGCCAAAUACUUCUUAGAUAAGUACAAAAUGAAGUUACGCCACCCACAUCUUCCCUGUUUGCAAGUCGGCCAAGAACAUAAACAUACAUAUUUGCCACUCGAGGUUUGUAAUAUUGUUGCUGGACAACGCUGCAUUAAAAAGCUAACCGAUAUGCAGACCUCGACUAUGAUCAAGGCGACAGCGCGUUCCGCACCAGAUCGCGAACGGGAAAUAAACAAUUUGGUUAGAAGAGCCGACUUUAACAAUGAUUCUUACGUACAAGAAUUCGGAUUGACUAUAUCGAAUAGUAUGAUGGAAGUCAGGGGUCGUGUACUACCUCCGCCCAAACUGCAGUACGGAGGGCGCGUAAGUUCCCUCAGUGGACAGACGAAGCAGCAAGCGAUGCCUAAUCAAGGAGUGUGGGACAUGCGUGGCAAACAGUUUUUCACUGGAGUAGAGAUUAGAGUGUGGGCGAUCGCUUGUUUUGCGCCUCAGAGAACAGUACGCGAAGACGCGUUACGUUCAUUUACGACGCAACUACAGAAAAUUAGUAAUGAUGCCGGUAUGCCCAUCAUUGGACAACCGUGUUUUUGUAAAUAUGCUACUGGACCAGAUCAAGUCGAACCCAUGUUUCGAUAUUUAAAAUCGACUUUCUCGCAGCUGCAGCUAGUGUGUGUUGUAUUGCCAGGCAAAACUCCUGUAUAUGCUGAAGUGAAAAGAGUGGGAGACACAUUAUUAGGCAUGGCAACUCAGUGUGUACAAGCUAAAAACGUUAAUAAGACAUCACCACAGACAUUAUCUAAUCUUUGUCUUAAAAUAAAUGUCAAAUUAGGAGGCAUCAAUAGCAUUCUAGUACCUAGUAUUAGACCAAAAGUGUUUAAUGAACCGGUUAUAUUUCUUGGAGCUGAUGUGACACAUCCGCCGGCGGGCGACAACAAAAAACCUAGCAUAGCUGCUGUAGUAGGCAGUAUGGAUGCUCAUCCAUCUCGGUAUGCAGCGACUGUUAGAGUUCAACAGCAUAGACAAGAAAUUAUCCAGGAACUCAGUUCGAUGGUUAGGGAAUUGCUUAUAAUGUUUUACAAGAGUACAGGCGGAUAUAAACCGCAUAGAAUAAUUCUAUAUCGUGACGGCGUCUCCGAAGGUCAAUUCCUCACCGUUCUACAACACGAAUUGACUGCCAUUCGUGAGGCGUGUCUCAAGCUCGAGAUCGAUUACAGACCUGGCAUAACAUUCAUCGUAGUGCAAAAGAGACAUCACACGCGUCUGUUCUGCGCAGACAAGAAGGAGCAGAGUGGUAAAAGUGGAAAUAUUCCGGCGGGUACGACUGUUGACGUAUGCAUAACUCAUCCGACGGAAUUUGACUUUUAUCUUUGCAGUCACCAGGGUAUCCAGGGUACAUCGAGACCAUCGCAUUAUCAUGUUCUUUGGGAUGAUAAUCACUUCGAAAGUGAUGAGUUACAGUGUCUCACGUAUCAAUUGUGUCACACUUAUGUCAGGUGUACGAGAUCCGUUAGUAUACCAGCGCCGGCAUAUUACGCUCAUCUCGUAGCGUUCCGAGCUAGAUAUCAUUUGGUCGAGAAAGAGCACGAUAGCGGGGAAGGAUCUCAUCAAUCGGGUUGCAGCGAAGAUAGAACGCCAGGUGCGAUGGCACGAGCGAUUACAGUUCAUGCCGAUACAAAGCGAGUUAUGUAUUUCGCAUAACUCUAUUCUCAUGUUGACUUGAACCGUCAUUCGAACCGAGUUGUUAUUUUGUGUGAAAAUGACUAUAUAAUUGCGACUCCAUGAUACAGGUGUGAGAAGCUUUAUCAGGCAGUUGGGAUCGUAGCACAUUGCGUCACAAAUUCUUGGACUAUUUAACAGUUAGGGCAAUUCGACCGAUCAAUUUUCUUGCGUAUUUUUUCCUGUUAUUUUCUCUUUCCUUCUUUUUCUUUUUUAUUCUUUAUCUUGUUUUCUUUAUUUUAAGUCUAUAUAACAACUUUUUUUUUAAGUUGUAUGGUUUAUUUACAGAAAUCUGUAUAGAAAAAGCGAAUUUUCGAUUGAUUUUACGAACUUGUAGUGUAAGUUUUUAUAAUGAGAGGUGCUUUUAAUGCAGUUUACAAAUCAGAUUAAAGAUGUUUUGCAUGUUUGGAUAGGAAAGUCCUCUGCAGUCGAAGUAGUUGGAAAAAAAGUUAAACAAGUUUUUUUCAUAAAAAUUAUGCUUGGUAAGAUGACAGAGGGAAUAGUAAUUUCUCUCAAAUUAACGUAUUCCGUCCAGCGAGAGAAUAUCCUCGAUUUGCACAUAGGCGGGCAAAGUGGGAGGAGCGCGUCUUAAUAAAUAUGACAAAGAGAGGGAUGGCUUUAAAAUAUAAAAGGGGGCUUUCUUGCACAAAUUAGCCGAGUUUUCAACUGAGCCGAAGGCAUUCUCUCGUUGAAUGGAGUAUAGAUAUGAAUUUCUCUGUUGUAUCAUUGGGAUACAAUAGCACUUUUCGACUUAACGAUCACUCAGUGUAUAGCAUAUUACGCUUAUUUUUAUAGGGAACGAUUUUUCCCUAGCAUUUGUAUGAAAAAGGAAAGAGAGAAACAAAACGACCUGGACAAAGAAUGAAAACUUUAAUUAUAUAAAUCGCUAUUUGCGAGACUGUUAUCUUGUUGCAUGUAUGUAUAGCUUUCAUUUUGCGAGGAGUGAAACUCCAUUCUUGUAAAUUCUGUAAAUUUUAGACUUCUAAUCGUGCUGAAGUGAUUAGCAUAAAAAAUGAAUAUCGGUUGAAUAGUGGUUGUAAAAUAACUUUAAGAUCGUGAAUCACGUCACAUCAUAUCCGUUGUAUUACAACGCCAGGAAAAUAACUGUCAAAGAAAUAAUGCUAUCUUUUAUAUAACGCACUUUUAAUCUCUCGAAAAAGUCUCUCGAAAAUCUCACGAGAUCAUUCUGAGCUAAUCUUAAAGUAUUCUUUGAAAAUCAAUUGGAUCAAACAACACCAAUUCGUGUUUGUACUUCGGCUGAACGCAGUAUAGUAGAUAAGAACAUUAUUUCGGUAUAAAGACAGCUAUAUGUAGAAGAAAGGAGUGUUACGUAGAGCACGCGCGUUAUUUAUGAUUUAAUGAUAGCUAGUGUCCAUUUGAGAGAAAUACUAUCAAGAAUUCCUUGAUAAUCACUAAUUUGACUACAAUGUAUCAUAGAAAGAAUUUCUUACGUAUUCUUAUAUUACUGUCUUUAAUUUCUGAGAAUUACUCCCAGAUAGACACUAAGCUUUAGGAUUCAAAUCUAGCGUAAUUAAAUUGUCGUUAUUUUACUGUUGCUAAUCGUUACGAUGUACAUUUUUAUUCGUCUUACUUUAAUUUCUAUUAUACCAUAUCGUCUGCACGUUGCACAGCUCAUAAUCUAUGCUUACGUCAACUAUUAAUGGCACACUGAACUAGGAUACAAUCUUGCCGAAAUAACUUUAUCUGUGUUAAACAUCCAUUUAAACCAUAGUGACUGUAGUAGUGGAAAUCUAUUAAGAAAGAAAGAUCUGUAAAAUAUGUUACACAAAAAUGUCGAGGAUGAAAGUAAACGGAUAUCCGUGUCUGGUGUCUGAGAUAAGCCGGGAUGUUAUCUACUUGUCAGACAAAAGAUGGCUAUGAAUUAAAUCGAAUUCAUGUGACGUUAAUAAUCAGACGAGGCCUUCGUCAGAUGGUAAAAUAACUACAAGAUAAAAUAUACCCAACGCAUCAAUAUAAUUGUAAAAUUAUCAAACUUCAAAACAAUCGUAGCAUUAAUUAUUGCUUUAGCAGUAAAAUGUAAGAUUAGUUGUAGGAGUAUUAUAAGAGUAAGAUUUUUUAUUAGUUUUAAAAGAAUAAUUGUGUUUGCUUGAUAAUGCCAAACUUUAGAAGUUUUUCUAUUUUUACUCUAAUCGCGAUUCUUGUGCAAAUCUAUGUCGUCUGUUGGCACAAUAAUUCUAUUAAUAUUAAGCAAGCCUUAGCAACACUCACGUAUGUACCCUAGCCUAGGAUAGGAUCGUAUAUUAAUAGAAUCCUCGUUCUAUUAAGAUACGAAUAGAAAUCAUGCGAAUGAAAACGUAUGAAUAGAAAUCAUAUGUACUAUUCUAUAGACAUAUAAUUAUGUAUCAAUUGUCGCGUUAAAUUAUUAUGUAUUAUUAUUAGAAUCAUUAAUAUAUCAAGAUCUCUUUUUCUUACAAUUAUGUUAGCGCUUGCGUAGGAAUCAAAUUUCCACAUUAUAAUCAGUCAUGAUUCACAUCUUAGUAAAUCAGUAUUAAUAAUAACAAUGCUUAUACCGGAAGACAGAAUUAUUCUUGGAAAAUUGUUUUCUUGAACCACCGAUGGGGUAAAAGCAAAAGUGCUAUUUUUGACUGUAUUAAUGAUUCUAAUGUUAGGUUUACGGAAAAGAACACAAUGCACUAUAUCGGAAAGUAUGGAAAGCGGAUCCACUAAAUCUAUUAGUAAUAUUUAUUCUAGUUGUUAAAGAGCAGGACAAGGUAAUUAAUGAUGAUCUCUUUUUCGGUGCACUCAAAUACAAGCAUCCGUGUCGUAUAGAAAAUAUAACGGUAUGGAUUAUAUAACGGAUUUUAUUGUCUACAAAAUCUGUUUAACGGUCGUAGGCAUAGUUAGGAGAGGUGUAGUCAGGGCCACUGAAUAGUCAAUGAAUCGACAAAUAUCCAUUGCAUAGAAAUAAGGAAAAAAUACACUAAAAAAAAGAUUAUUAUUCGCGUUGUUAAAGAUGCAUCUUAUCCGAAUGAAACGCCAGUGUAUAAUAUAUUAUGGUUCGUCAUCUUAUGUAAUCGUAAUAACCGAAAGUGAUACGAACAAGCACACAGAUUAUAAGAAUGAUUAUAUGAUCUAUAGAUUUUAAGAUAAAUCAUGAAAAAAAUAAGUUAAUUGCCGAUAAUAUCACCGAUAAUAUUAUUCCAGUGAAUACCAAAACGUGAUUGGGUCUGUCGCAAGAUUUAAUUGACUCCAAGUUUCAAUCGAGUGCAUUAAUAACGCAGAACGAGCCAUUUGUCGGCUUGAAGUAUCAUUUCCAUCAGCUUGUAUUCAGCGUUUUAACACUUGACAAGUAUUUAUAUUCACUUAAAUAAUUAAUCAGCAUACUGUUGACUACAAAAAACGAAAAGAAUAACUUAAAAGUGAACUCACCGGACGUUAUUAAUGCAGUCUUCUCUCUAUAACAUUCUUCAUGUAUAUUUGUAUCUGUUUUUAUCUCCUCGCAUUUCCGCGCGAAUGAGAAAUCUCGCUCGAUAUUUUUCUGCGCUUGAACAAAAAGAAAGAGGAUUAGAAGGAUUCCUUUUAUUUGUAAAUACAUUAUGGUAAUUAAUUUUUUGUAGCUCUCCUUUUGGGCAAAAUGAGACAAGAGACAAGUCAGUGGAACUGUACAGACAAAAUUUUAUAAUAAGAUGCGAGAUUAAUGAGAUAAGGACAUAUUACGCAAGGUGUUUUUUUUUUCUUAAUUAGAUCAUUCUACAAUUAUAAGAUCGAUCUUUUUUUUGACGGAUAAUAAAUUAGAAGACGGGAUAAAUUAAGCGUCGCAAUUUUAUAACUCGAUGUUUUCAAUUGCGCUCUUCUGCCAAACAAAACAGAUAUUUUUACUAUUUAUUUACGCUUUUGCAAUUUGAUCUGCUACAGGUCUUUAGCUUUCGAUGUUCGAAAAAGCUUUGUAAGCCUUAGCGAAAGCUAGUGAGUGAGGAAAAGUCAAGAUUUCUGCUAAAUAAUUCACAAUUUGCCACGAUUGCUAUCAAAUUCGAGACUUUUAAACUGUCAUGUAUAAUAAAAACUUGUCUAAAACCAAAGCGGUAAAAUGAUCGUUAGAUUUCUAGAAGAGAAGCUUCAUAGCAUGUAAUUAUGAGAUAGGUGAAGUUUAGUGAGAUAAACGAGAAUAAUCAGAUAAGUGAUAUUCAUGAUUGGAUGGACCUCCUGGUAGAUACAUGGUCCGCCUUGCUGUUUGCACGUUCAGCGCGAAACACGAUCGUGUCUUGCGAUAAUUUAUAUUUGUAUAUCUACAUACAUAUAAACACAAAUUAUAGUAUAAUUAUGGUACAUUGUAAAAAUCUACAUGUCAUUUUACUGCACAGUAAAAUAGUAAGCUAUCUUGUCUCAAAAAAUCGGAUAUGUCUAUUGUUAAGAUCUCAGUCUCCCAAACUCAAAUUGGUAUGAAAUAUAGAUGAAACAAACGCAUGUAAAUAGCAGCUAGCAGUUAAAAGAAUUAAUAAUUGCAUAAUAUUAAUAUGCAAAAAUUCCAAAUAUUUUGUUACUGCGGUACAUAAAUCUGUAGUUAUUUUAAUUAUGUUUCACAUAAUGUGACACGUAAAUUUUUCUGAUUUGUAAAAAUUGAUAUGUAUUGGUGUAUAAAUAGAUUCACAUAGAAAAUUAUUUUUUUAAAGAUUUUUGUUUUGUUUGGGGGACAUAUGCAGAUCAAGAAUAAAAGAUACUAAAAUUUUUCAGAUUUGUUCAGUUUUAGAUCCGAAACGUGGUUUUAGCGUUUCUAAGAAUUGUAUUACAUUGUAAGAUCGUUACUAUUUAAGGUAUGUGCGAAAGUGCAAGUUUCCAAGUGUCAGCUUUAAGAGUGCUAGCGGAUCAAUAGUGGUGUUUCAUGAUAGUAAAUGUGGCGUGCGACAGAGAGCGAUAUUAUCGUCAUAUAUAUAUAUAUAUAUAUAGCCUUUGAGAGCAGCUCUGGUUUUGUCUUCUACUUCCUAAGUGUAUGCUGUCACAGUGUAUGCAUACCGUACGAGUAUGUUAUACGGAUGGAUGACACUUUUUGAAAAGAAAGACUUUGCGAGUGUCGCGAGAGAAAAGAUGCGGCAAGGCAUAAAAAGAACGACGAGACACAGUAGUUUAACAUUGUAAAAUGUAACGCUUUAUAGACCACGGUCGCGACGAAGAAACGAUUUUGGUCAAAUUUCGAACGUCUCAAUCCAGCGGCCGCGCGCUUUUCUUCUGUCUCGGUUUUUUUUGUUUAACGUUUAAUGUUAAUUGAUACAUUUAAUAAUUAGAAAAAAAGAGGAACGAUUUGCACUCCAUAUUUAUAUUUAAUUCUGUUGAUCGAUUUUACAAAAGUAAUUGGUAUAAUGACUACCUUUUUUAUUUCUAAGCGAGCAAAAAUAGGGAAAGAUUUCAUCGCUCUUGUCAGGAAUAGAUAGUAUUUUAAUAAGAAUCUUUUCGAUAAAUUUUAAUUUAAUGAAUAUUUUAUAUUUUCAUUGUAAUUAUACCAAUAUCGGUUAAUCCACGACUGCAUUGUAUUUGCAAAUCGAAACUUUAAAAGUAAUAGUAGUAAAAGAUGAAGCUUUGUUGAAAAAUGCGAUUCUUUUUUAUUGUAGAGAUGUGCGAACUAUUCGAAUAGUUUUCUAUAAAAUUUUAUAAAAGUUGUUUUUUAAUUAAAAAAAAGUAGGUCUAUAAAGCAAACUACUCGAAAAUUUCGAAUCUAAGAUGUUCGAAUACAUAUAUUGAUAUUUUUUAUAUUGAUAAAAAAUAAUAUUUUUGAAAUGACUGUUAUUUUUAUAUUAUUUUUAUUUUAUCUUUUUAUUAUAGUUAUUUUUCUUAUAUAUAGAAAAUUUUUUAUUAUCUAUAAAAUAUAAUUCUACCUAAUAAUUAUGUUUAUUAAAAAUUGUUUUAACGAUUCAAUUCGAUUCAACAUAAAAAUCCUGAUUUGCACAUCUCUAUUUUAUUGUUGAAUAAAAUAUACAAUAAGUUAUAAUAAAACUGCCAAAAGUGUAUUCUUCAUUAAAGAGGCUUGAUGCUUCUUUUUCAUGCAAAGUUUUGUCGCGCGUAUUUUUAUCACAUUACAUUACAUGAUUCUGUGCAUUCUUACUGAUAUAUUUCAAAUUAUCUAUCACAGAUGUCGAUGUAAGAUAAAAAUAUUUUCAUAACUGUUUUACGUGAAGAUUUUUAUAUAUAUCACGCUCAAGUUUUCGUAAAGAUUCAGACUUCUCGAAUGAAAGUAUUUUCUGAUACACAAUGUUAAAUGUAAAAUAAAUAUUCCUCUCUGACAGACACAAUACCGUGGAUUAACAUCGUAUUCUGACAUUUGAUAUUCAAGUCGAAUAAUUUAUAUCCCGUUACUCUUUUUCGAGCCGAAAGCAAAUGAGAACGAGGAAGAGCAAAAAAUGUGACCUAUGGUAUCUAUUCGCGACAAGAGCGAAGAAUGUAAAGUUAUGUGAAAUUGUUUCUAUAAACAUUAACGGAAGAUAAAGAAAUUGAAGUUUUCGCAAGUUGAAGGAGAGGCAGGAAAUUAGUCGAAAUCCAGCCAAUGGUGGUAAAUUGAAAGAUUAAGAAAAUUACAAUUAAUAUCAUUUGAUGUGUGAUUCUUUUAAUGCAUAGAUCUUUUGCAUUAAGAGAAUUAUUUAUUUAAAGAAAAUUAAAUUGAUUUCUAUCCGCAGCUCUUCGCGCAGAAUUGACCGUUACACCGAAACAUCUCUAAUUGAAUUUCGUUAAUGUUUAUGGCUACGAUUUAUUCAGAGAAUACGGUGUCAUACCAAGGAGCAAUAUUUCACCGUUUUAAAGAGAAUCCAUUAUACAUAGAUUUUUUGUAUCUACAAGUGCCUGGCGCUUCGUCCGCGCGUAUUUGACGUCUGCAAAGAACAAGUUGAACCAGAAUAACAAUAUCGAAAUUCUAAAAGAGAGACUUAUAGCGAGAAAGGGUGAGCGAGAGAAAGAGCGCGAAAGAGAGAGAGAGAAAGAAAGAGAAUAAGCUAGAAAGAAAGCAAGAAGAGAAAUAGGCGAUUGUAGAUAAGUAUCGAGAAUAAUUAAUGUCGAUAAUAAUUAAUUAAUUAAUUAAAUCUAGACUCGUAAAUCUAGAUGAAUAGUUAUUUGUUAAGAAGCGAGCAGGAAUGCUGCGAAAUAGCGAAAGUCGGCAAGUUUUCCCAAUUGACCGCGCCCUGAAAGUAUAAACUUAAAUUAUGUCUGUUGGAAACAUCAUGCCUCAUCAAAAUGGUAGUAAUUAUUAGGUGUAAGAUAUAUAUACAUAUAUAUAUAUGUAUGUAUAUAUAUGUGUGUAUAAAAAUAAAUAUAUAUUGUGUACGAAAUAUAUGACAUAUAUUUAUGAAUGUCGGACGAGUAAGUUUUGAAUAAUUAUCAACCUGAUAAUGUGUGUCGUACAUGAUCACUGGAUUCAUUAGUUUCGCGGUCUUAAGCAUGCGCCAUGCACAUAGUACAUGUAUAGCAUCGGUAUCGUUAAAUAUUGGUAAUGAUAAAUAUUAAGUAUUGAUGAUAAUAUUAAAUAUUGAUAAUCUAUGUAAAGGUAAAUAUAGCGAUGCAAAAAUCGAAGCGAGACGGAAAAUUGGAGUAGAUAGCGCAUUGCGAGCAAUUACGAGUGCUUCUAUAUAUCGUAUUAAAUGAAUUAAUUAUGGAAUAUUUGUUAUUGAGCAAUGCGAACGAAAGGGACAGACAAUAGGUAGUCGGAAGUGGCCACUGUUUGCUUGAAUGAUCGUUGAUCGUUUCGGACAAUAAUUUUGUUCUGAAUUGUGUGCUGCGAACUUUCUCAAAGUUCAAGGUCUUUAAAGGGGUUUCACUAAACAUCCUAUAAAUUCAAUAAUUGACCUUCCCAAAAUAGAAAUAAAAUUUAGCAUUAAUACAUAUAUAAUAAAUAUAAAUAUAAAAGAAAAUUUUUAUAUAAAUCGUAUUUUUAAAGAAACUAAUUAUUUUAUCCCGAAAUCGCCGAGUUGUACAGAUUAAAGGCACGAAGUAACACGCGCUAAUUCGUUUACAUUGCUCGAUAUCUGAUGCUAUAUAGUCAGCCGGCUAAACAAAGAACACCAUUGCAACCACAAGAAAAACUGCGCAUCUUUAUAAAUUAUAAUAUAAGCCUCCGGUGUUCUAAAUUUUUAAUCGUUGAUCGAGUAAUGCAGAUGUCGGGAAGUGUCCAAUUUUUCGCUUAACGAUUGAAAUCGGCAUAAUUGUGAUAAUUGCGCCUUUUGAAAUUACAUUCUUGAUCUAAUGCUUGCCAUAUAUUUUGAUCUAAUCGAGCUUUAUUUCCAAAUUUAUAUUUAUAACUCAAGCUUUAGUAUCAAAUUUAAAUUUAUGUUUUGUCGUCAUGUUUUUAUGUAAGAAUUACUAUAACAAAUUAUAAUAGAUAUAAUAAUUAUAAUUUAGUAUUAUUAUAAUAUUAAUUUUUUAAGGUAUAACGCCAUUAAGAUUACGGAUUAUAAUUAUUAUAAUUAUCUAAAUGGUAUAGAUAUUUUAUUAAAGAGUGUAUAUAAGUAAUUUAAAACUUGUGUGUGUGCACGAUAUUCUUUACAGUAGAUGUGCAUUUUAUCCUACAUGUUUCUCAGCCGAUCAGAUUUUUAUGUCGUUGAAAACUUGACAAUACAAUUUUUUGGUUUUCGUUGUAUUUAACGAAAAAUUAUCAUAUGCUUUUAAUUGAAUUUUUAUAAAAUGUUUGACUGUCACAUUUGUGCCUCUUACGUUUAUUGUACUCGUUAAUUACAUCUGCAUUACGAGUCGACGAUCAGUUGAUCUGGAAAUGCAAUAGAGAAUUGGAUAAUCAAUCACUCUGUGAUUUCUAUUUGGUAUGGAAAAUCAUCGAGUGUUGUUACGACGAAAAUUUUGACGACGAUAUAUAACAAUAUAUGAAUUACUUAUUAAUAAGUAACUAACUUAUUAUACACACAUCUACACGCACGCACACACACACACGCACACACACACACACACACACACACACACACACACACACACACACAUACCACUUAGCUACGAGAUUAAGGAAUUGGGAUACAAUUCCAUACAAAUAAAAAUCCAUUUGGUGUAAAAACAGAACAGACCGUUUUGUGUAUAUAACAAUGCAAGAUUCGCUAAUUGAAGUUCAAAAUAAAAGGCACUUUAAAUGGCUGACAAAGGACUUUUAAGAUUUGAAGAUGUGUAGAAUUUUAAGGCUUAAAGACGUGUAGAAUUUUAAGGGAAGUUGCAUCAUAUGUAAGACAAUAUUUUGUGUAACACAGACGUCAAUGAGCUUUCCGAAUCGUUUCUCUGUAAAGCUCUUGAAUCAUCAAUAUUUCUUGUCGAUAUACUCAUUCUAUUAAACCUGUAUCACUCAUACAAUUCCAUUUGUAUUUUAACUUACACAUUUUUUCAAGUAUCCUUUAAAGUAUAUAUUUACAAUCUAUGAGAAAUAAACUCUUAUAAGUAUCACUAUAUUUAAUAUGUAUGAAAAAUUUAAUAUUAACUGCCAUUUUUUCUUAUUUUAAUAUGUAAAAAGUUUAUGAAAAUAUAAAUAAGGAAUUAAAAAACGUUCUUGAAUGACAUUAAAGAUUAAUAUCCAAUAUUCUCAAUUUACGUAAUUCGUUUACAAUUUUUGAAGUCUUAAAAGAAAACAAGUGUCUAAAAAAAUAUUUUAAAAUUAGACGUUCUAUCGCGUAAGACAUUUUUGAUCAGUUAAAUCUAAAUUAUUUUCUGUAGAAGAGAUUCUAGUUGACGUUUGCGGAAGUUACAGGGAUUUUAUUUGGUUUCUCCGAAGUACAGGACUUUGCUACCGCAGGUGUUAGUAAUCGGAGUAUCGUUAAUAAAUAUUGAUCGUUUCAGAGCGUUGAUAAAAGUGAUACAACGCUUAUUGUUCCGCAAAUGCAACAUGACUCGUGAUGAGAAAUCCGGAAGCGACGACGGUCGACGAGCGAGAUACCAUUGUCGGACGAACGCGCGUCUCGAUUUCGCACCUUGCCGAUCUGUGUUGUCAGCUUAAUGUUAUUGUAACGAGAAGGGAGGGGGAAGAGAGAGAAAGAGAGAGAGGAGUAAUAGUGUACACGAGAAAAUUCAUGCAAUAUUCUCGACAACUUGGGCACCAGGCUCGGUCAGCGAGUUAACUCCGUUUGACUAAACCUUUUAUCGUAGUCGAAUCCCGUUGUGCAUGUAUUAUAGUUGUGACUGUAUAAUCUGAAACAAAAGGCUGACAAAUUAUUAAUCGGAGUUAGUGCGGACCAUUGACCCUUUCGAGUUAACUUCCGCGCGUACCGUGGAGAUAAUUAGCGAAUAAAAAGGAAAGAAAAAGAUUACGCGCGUUUGAAGAGAUAGUAUGACGAUAAAUUAUACAAGCAAAAACGGAGUAAAAAGUUUCGUAUAUUACUUUAGAAAUAUAAAUACUAUAGUACGCGGCCACACUUACGUUGACUCGCUGAAUCAUUUGAAAAAGAUAAGGUGUGCCACAUAUAAAUAUAUAAAUAUAUAUAGAUAAUUUUUUAAAUACGAUUCUUGAAUGUAAUCAAAAGCAUCAUUAAGAGUUCGGAGAGGAACGGAGAGGAAAAGAAUUCGAUUCACUGGUACGCUAAAAAAGAUAUGCAAAAUAUCGAAAUUGUAAUGGCUGUAACGGCAAGCAGGCUCAACAAGUGGAAAACGCGCAUAGAUUAAUAUAUAUAAUGUCGUGACAUUUAGUUAUAACAAUUACGAGUUUUCCUCGCGGUUUUCAAGAGCGUUACAUUGUACAUAAAUUAUUUACGUAUACACACACAAUCAUACACACACUUAGCAACUUAUGCCUCACAUUAAAUAAUACCUCGACUGACUUUGUCCCUUGAACAUUAUGUGUAUCUUUAAUAUAAUGCAGAUAAUUCUAUGUCUGUCAUAAAUUAUUGAAUAAACCGAACGUCUCCGUGCUCGGCAUAUUGCUCUAUCGAUUGUGAAAUAGAAGAGUGGCGCAUAAGAAGCGACUCACAGAGUAGAAUGCAGAAUUCGGAGAUUCAUCUGUAACGUUGUAUCACAAUGUACGGGUUUAAAUCUUACUUUUAGUCUUUUUCGGGUCUUAAUUAUGUAUAGAUUUUUUAGCCAUAAAUAAAAUAUUAGUCAUGUAAGAUUUAUUAUGGGUGGUAUAGAUUUAACGAGAUCUAAAUAAACUUUGAAAAAAUUA